UGCGUAGUGUUGCUGUGUCAGUGUAGCGCUCGCUCUUUCAUUCACUCUUCAUCAAUAAUAAUGGCUGGCAGUAAUACAUACAGACUGCGCUGCUCGCUCCCAGCGCAUGAAAUGGAUGUGCGUGGUCUCGCCGCGACCGCAUAUCCCGACGGAGCCUUCGUGUCCGUGUCCAGAGACCGAACCGCCCGGGUCUGGGUACCAGACUCAAGUGGAAACAAGGGCUUUAUGGAGAUGCAGUGUAUGAAUGGCCAUGCCAACUUUGUGUCUUGUGUGUGUAUCAUCGCUCCCAAUGAAACGUAUCCCAGAGGACUCAUUGCCACCGGAGGACACGACAACAACAUCUGUGUGUUUUCAUUAGACCGGCCGGACCCUCUGUUUACACUCAAGGGUCAUAAAAACACAGUUUGCACACUCUCCGCUGGCAAGUUUGGAACAUUACUGAGCGGCUCGUGGGACACAACAGCCAAAGUCUGGCUCAGUGAAAAGUGCAUGAUGACCUUACAGGGACACACAGCAGCUGUAUGGGCUGUGGUUAUUUUGCCGGAGCAGGGCUUAAUGCUUUCGGGAUCAGCUGACAAGACGAUCAAGUUGUGGAAAGCCGGACGCUGUGAAAACACGUACACUGGUCAUGAGGAUUGUGUGCGAGGUCUGGCGGUGAUAAAUGAGGUGGAGUUUUUAUCCUGCAGCAAUGAUGCGAGCAUUCGACGGUGGAUGGUGAAUGGGGAAUGUGUGCAGGUUUACUACGGUCACACUAACUAUAUCUACAGCAUUGCUGUCUUCCCUAAUGGACAAGACUUCGUAAGCACAGGAGAGGACAGAACAGUCAGAGUCUGGAGGAAGGGGGAAUGUUGUCAGACUAUCCGUCUACCUGCUCAGUCCGUAUGGUGUUGCUGUCUUCUGCCUAAUGGAGACAUUGCUGUUGGAGCCAGCGAUGGUGCAAUCCGCGUGUUUACUGAGAUCGAGGAGCGUGUUGCAAGCGCUCAAGACCUGCAGGCUUUCGAAGAUGAGCUCUCCAAAGCCAUCAUUGACCCCAAGACCGGCGACUUGGGUGACAUUAAGAUAGAGGACCUACCUGGCAAAGAGCACCUGAAUGAACCAGGGAAUCGUGACGGGCAAACAAGACUAAUAAAGGAGGAUUCAAAUGUUGAGGCAUAUCAGUGGAGCAUGGGCGAUCAGCGCUGGGUGAAGAUCGGAGAUGUAGUGGGCGGGUCUUCUCAGCAGAGCUCAAAGCGGGUGAUGUAUGAGGGCAAGGAGUAUGACUUCGUCUUCACCAUCGAUGUAAAUGAAGGCGGUCCAGCCUUGAAGCUUCCUUACAAUUUGAUGGAGGACCCCUGGCUGACCGCGCACAACUUUCUACAGAAGAAUGACCUGAGUCCCAUGUUCCUGGAUCAGGUUGCAAACUUCAUCAUUGAAAACACUAAAGGCCACACUCUGGGACAAGCACCUUCAACUUCCACAGACCCCUUCACAGGUGCUGGGCGGUACAUCCCAGGGUCAGGAAGCGACAGCCAGGGAUCUGGAGCAGAUCCAUUCACAGGAGGGGGCAGAUAUAUACCUGGGUCAGGAUCCACAGGCACAGCGCCUUCCGGAGUAGCUGAUCCUUUUACUGGUGGAAGUGCCUAUUCCUCCCUCCAGAAAGUUACAACAAACAUCUACUUCCCCAGUACGGAUGGUGUUAUGUUUGAACAGGCUAAUGCCACUCAGAUUCUCAGUAAGCUUCAGGAGCUAAACAACACCGCUCCUCAAGAUCACAAGCUGAGCGAGGCAGCACUAGUCAGUCUGGAGAAGCUGUUGCUCACAGUUACUGAUCUGAAGAGGAAGGAACAGCCCACCGCAGAGCAGAUCAAUGUUCUCUGGAGAGCCAGCCACUGGCCAGAGGAUAUUGUGUUUCCUGUUUUGGACAUCCUGCGUUUGGCUGUGCGCCAUCCUGAGGUCAAUGCCCAGCUUUGCGGUGGGACCGAGGGUGCCAGUCUUUGUAACCAUCUCCUGGGUCUCAUGUCACCCGAGGGCAGGCCUGCAAACCAAAUGCUUGCACUGCGCACGCUGUGUAACUGUUUCUCGGGGUCUCACGGGCGCGCCCUCCUCUUGGGUCAACGGGACGCUGUCCUCUCCCGGGUCGGCGACCUCCGGGCUGUCUGCAACAAGAACAUCCAUGUUGCGCUGGCUACCUUGGUGCUAAACUACGCCGGAAGGUUGUACGGUCAACCGGCCGAGAUUGAAGCUAAGGCACAGUGCUUGUCAGUGGCCAGCACUAUCUUAGAGGUGGUACUGGACAGAGAGGCUGUCUUCAGGCUGCUGGUGGCACUGGGGACCACAGUGGCUGGAGACGGCACCGCAAAGGACCUCGCACGAUCUCUAGGUGUCAAAUCUCAGAUUUCGAAAUACGCUAGCGUCUCUGAUCCAGGUAAAGUGGGGGAGUGCUGUCGACUGGUGCUUAAUGAACUCCAGUGAUGUCACAAUGAAGGUCAAAUGAUCCAGAUGUAACCAAUUUCUUCCCAUCUCCAUACCUUUACGAGAUCUGUCGCUCUCUUAAACCACCUCCUCAUUAGUUUGUAUUUAAAUUUUCACAUUUGAUGAUGAACGGAUAUGAAUGAAUGCAUGAUGUGAAUAAACACUGGUGAUUAAUCAAAAUCUU